UGAAAAUAGUUUUCCGAAUUAUAUUUCCGAAUUAUUUUUGAUUUUACAACAAAGUGCAGUAUACAUAGUCAAAGUUAAAAUGAAGCUACAUAUAUUAGCGAUGAUGCUAGUUUGUGUGUAUGGGUUAAGUAUUCAGAAGAAACUAAAAAUGAAGAGAAUCUUCAAAGCAAAGAAUGCGAUAGUAAAGAAUCACGAAAGAAAAGACAUCAACAUCAUUAAUAUGAGACACGGAAUUUUAUCAGAUAUGAAGUUCAAAAGUGGUAAAGGAAAUAAACGUGAAUUACCACCAUUAUGGAAAAAUGCUGCAGGACAACCAAGAGUUCCUUACGUUUUGGACAUGUCAAAGGGCCAAAAUUACAGUAAUGUCAUCAUACAAUCCAUUAACAUGUUAAAUGCUCACAUGAAAAAUUACUUGUGUGUUAACAAUCCUCCAGUAUGGGCACCACGGACGAAUGAAACAGAUUAUGUUACUUUUAUGACUGUACCUUAUGAUGGAUGUUGGAGUUAUGUUGGUAAAGUUGGUGGAAGCCAACAAUUAAACAUUGGUGAUGGGUGCGAAUAUACAGGUAUUGUAUUGCAUGAAAUGCUUCAUGCUAUGGGUUUUACACAUGAACAAAGUCGAUGUGACCGUAAUACAGCAGUUACAAUUGUAUAUGAAAACAUACAACCAGGUCUGGCAAAUCAGUUUGACAUUGAUACUAGUAGAUCAACAUUUACUUCAAAAUAUGAUAUAAUGUCAAUCAUGCAGUAUCAAUUGUGGUCUUUUAGUAAGUAUGACAACAAUUACACAGAGGCAACAAAAACUAUUAGAGUGAAUAAGCAGUUCUUAAAUUUAACUGCUGCCCAGGAUUGGAAUAUAGGUACUGGAAAUGAUUUAAGUGAUACAGACAAGCUUGAACUUAUGAUCAUGUACGGAUGUACAGUAUCAAAAUGCACAGCAUCUUGUGAUGGCAUUUUAAAAUGUUCAGACACACCAACUACUACUCAACCUUCAACGACAACUUCAAAACCAACUACCAAACCUACAAUGACAACUUCGAAACCAACUACUACUCAACCUUCAACGACAACUUCAAAGCCAACUACCAAACCUACAACGACAACUUCGAAACCAACUACUACUCAACCUUCAACGACAACUUCAAAACCAACUACCAAACCUACAACGACAACUUCAAAACCAACAAGUACUCAACCUUCAACGACAACUUCAAAACCAACUACCAAACCUGCAACGACAACUUCGAAACCAGCUACUACCAAACCUGUAACGACAACUUCGAAACCAGCUACUACCAAACCUGCAACGACAACUUCAAAACCAACUACUCAACCAGCAACAACAUCAAAGCUAACUACUACUCAACGUACAACAACAACAUCGAAGCCAACAACAACUACAAAAUCGUUGCAAGGCGACAAUGUUCUACGUAAGCAUCAACAAAAUUCAAAAUUCAAAUUAAAAAAUAAGCACAAUUUUCCACGUUUUCGUAAUAUAGUAUUUUGAUCAAAUUGUUAGAAGAAUGAAAUGAAUCAUAGUUUACUUUCACAACAUUUAUGACGUUUCAUUUGACAUGUCUGUAAGCCUGACCAUGUUUGUAAACUAAAGGAUUUUUAGUGUAUUUAGUUAAACUUGUUUAAAUAUCGUUUUUACUUUUUAA